GACCAUGUGAUUUGGUGAGUCCCUCAGAUAUAUAAAUAUAUGAUCAUUUACAUAGAACAACACCCUUCCCCACUUUCUACAUCUCUUUCUCUUUCUCUCUCUCCCUCUCUCUCUCUCCACAUAAACAAAGUUUGGGAGCUCCAACAAGCCAUGGCUGAAAAGAUCUCCACUUUAAUCCUAAAAGUUGACCUUGAUUGUGAACUUUGUUACAAAAAGAUCAGGAAAGUUCUGUGCAAACUCCAAGAUAAGGAGAAGAUUAAUGCAAUAUCCUAUGAUGAGAAGAACAAAACAGUAACAAUCUCGGGCCCAUUUGAUCCCCAAAAGCUCUCCAAGAAGCUACACUGCAAAGCAGGAAAAGUGAUUAAGGAGAUCCAAAUUAAAGAUAACAAAGAGAAGGAAAAAGAAAAAGGAAAGGAGGCGGAAAAGGACAAGCCUAAAGACAAACCGGCCGAGAAGGAGAAGGACAAGGCCAAGGACAAACCGGCCGAGAAGGAGAAGCCCAAAGAGACCAAACCCGCGAAAGAAGAUAAAUCUAAAGACAAACCGACCGAAUCAGCUGAACAAAAGCCGGCAGAAAAGGAUCAACCGUCAAAAGAAAGUCAGGGCCCGCCGAAGUCCGAACCCGGCCCGCCAAUUCAAGCAUGGCCGGCCGGCCCGCCGGCUUGUUGCUAUAGGCCGUUCUACGAGGGAUACUACGGCGGGUGCCGGUGCUAUACGUGCGGUCGAGCGUACGGGUGGACGGGCCCAGGCCCAAUGGGCUUUUACGGUGGGGGCCCAUAUGAUGGGUCCAAGAGCUACCAAUUCUUUUGUGAGGAGGAUCCGUCGUCGUCUUCGUGUCGUGUCAUGUGAUUGUUACUUGUUUCACUAUUUUUCUCACUUUUGUUUAGAUUUAAACAUAUGUUUAUUUGCCUUGCUUCUGUGUUGGUGUAAAGGGCAGGGGAUAAGUGGGUGGUGAAUAAUUGAUUUGAUGUGAUUAUUGAGAUGAUAUGCUUUUGUAAAGCAUACUGUGGUAAUGUUUAACUGAUUACAAAGAUCUUGUGGUUUUUUUUUUUCUUUUAUAAUCUUUAUGUGUCUAUGGCUUUUUUGCCGAGGUAA